AUCGUGUGCCGCCUUCCCCACCUACCUGUCUUCCAACACCAUAUAAAUAAGCAGUGCUUUCACUCCGAUUUCUCCGAACCACCUGCAUCUCUUCCUCACUCACUCACACAACAUCACACAGUGCUACCUGCUGCAGAGCAUUCCGAUUUCGAAGAUAUCCUAUUACACAUUGUGAUGGCUCCAGCUGCGGCAGCGGAUGGUUCUGAUAAGAUCAAGCCUAGAGAUGUAUGUAUUGUUGGUGUUGCACGCACACCACUUGGUGGAUUUCUUGGUUCUCUUUCAUCUUUACCAGCCACCAAACUUGGGUCCAUUGCAAUUCAAUGUGCUCUAAAGAGGGCAAACAUUGAUCCAUCUCUUGUAGAAGAAGUUUUCUUUGGAAAUGUUCUUGGUGCCAAUUUGGGACAGGGUCCCGCUAGACAAGCAGCAUUAGGUGCAGGAAUCCCUAAUACAGUAGUCUCCACAUCUGUUAACAAAGUCUGUGCAUCAGGGAUGAAAGCCACCAUGUUUGCAGCACAGAGUAUCCAAUUAGGUCAAAAUGAUAUAGUUGUAGCUGGUGGUAUGGAAAGCAUGUCCAAUGUCCCCAAAUAUAUUGCAGAAGCAAGGAAGGGAUCUAAAUUUGGACAUGAUACACUUGUUGAUGGAAUCUUGAAAGAUGGAUUGUGGGAUGUUUACACUGAUGCCAAAAUGGGAACAUGUGCUGAAUUAUGUGCAGAUACACAUGAAAUAACAAGAGAACAACAGGAUGACUAUGCCAUUCAGAGUUUUGAACGUGCUAUUGCUGCUCGAGAUAAUGGUGCCUUUUCAUGGGAAAUUGCCCCUGUUGAAGUUCCUGGCCCAAGAGGAAGACCAUCAACAAUUGUUGACAAGGAUGAUGAUUUGGCAAAGUUUGAUGCUGCAAAGUUAAGGAAGUUGCGUCCAGCUUUCAAGGAGAAUGGUGGCAGUGUGACUGCUGGAAAUUCCUCGGGUAUAAAUGAUGGUGCUGCUGCACUUGUGUUGGUUAGUGGUGAGAAGGCACUUCAACUUGGGUUACAUGUGAUUGCAAAGGUUUCUGGAUAUGCUGAUGCUGAACAGGCACCUGAGCUAUUUACUACUACCCCAGCACUUGCUAUACCCAAAGCUAUUUCAAGAGCUGGAUUGGAUGCUUCUCAAAUAGAUUUCUAUGAAAUUAAUGAAGCUUUUGCUGUUGUGGCUCUUGCAAAUCAAAAACUACUCGGAUUGGAUUCAGCAAAGGUUAAUGUACAUGGUGGUGGUGUGUCAUUGGGACACCCUCUAGGUUGCAGUGGCGCCCGUAUCUUAGUCACUCUUUUGGGGGUUUUAAAGCAGAAAGGAGGUAAAUAUGGAGCAGCAGGUGUGUGUAAUGGAGGAGGGGGUGCAUCGGCGUUUGUGGUGGAACUCCUUUAAUUAAUUAAUUAAUUAAUCCCUUCUCUUCUGUUGGCAUACAUUACAUUCCAAUCAAUAAGCCUUUAUUAUGUAUUUAGUAUUUAGCUCCUUUUUAUGAUUCUUUUACAUUUUUUUUCUUUUGCAAUAUGUAUCGAGAAUGGAAAUUAAAACGCAAGGUGUUCACAUGAUAUAAGAUAUGAUUCACAUAUGUACUUCA